GCUGAUAAUGCGCUGCUGCUUUGAGGGGGAGCAUUUUGUUUUUCUAUUCUUCUCUCCCUCUUUCCCUCUUCAUCGUCGCCGCACCGGCAGGCGGGCCGAACUCUGCGAUGGAGGAUGCCGCGACGCCGCUGCUGAGCUACAGCGCGUGGCGCGUCGAGGCUGCCCGCAUCGGAGAACUCGCGCAGCGCAUUCCAAAGGAUGAAAACCUGGCGUCGCUGCAGCGCGCCGUGAUGUCACGCGCCAACGCAGCAACCACUGCAGCUUCGCCGGAGCCAGCAGCGGCGACGUCGUCGUCUUUUUUUUCUCAGCUCUUCUCCAGCAGCGGCAGCAGCAUUGCCGGCACCGCCGCCGCCAGCCCGCCGACUGCAAUGCCGUGGUGUGCCUCACUGGCGCAGCUGCUGGCUCUUGCGGAGCUGCCACCCCCAAAUAGUGUGGCGCAGCCUCCCGCCGUCGGGUCCGUUGCGUCUGACGCCGCUCGUGGCGCCUCUUCGUCUUCAUCCUCCCCCUCUUCCGGUUUCUCUGUGCAAAGACGUUUCGCGCAGGUCGUCUCAGCGGUAGCCAACCAACGCAGCAGCAGCAGCGGCAACGACAACAACAUCAGCGUACGCGCCGAUCGAGGGGAUGCGUCGGUCGAGGGCCAUUCUCACGUGUCUUCUUCGCACGCCGUCUUACCCAUGCGGAUGUCGCCGUUCCCUUCCUCUGAAGAUCGGCAGCAGAGUCGAUUACGUGUUGACGGAAACGAUGCUACGGCAACCGCCACCACUACUGCUCGAACUCCGCCGUACGAAGACCGCGACGACGCGGACGAAGAGGGCGGCUUUGACCGCAUGUUUGCUCGGCUGAGGCAGCAGGCCGCUGAGCGAAGUCAUCCGUUGCCGUCGCCGCCGCACAACUGGCGUGUGGCACCCGCCGCGCAGAAAUAUUCUGCUUUGUUUUCUUCUUUCUCAUCAUCAACGUCAGGCCGCAAGUCAGGCGGGGCCGCGAACGGGUUGUCGCCUUCAUGCGCUGGCCUCACUGCGGCUCGCGUGGCUCUGGAUGCGGCGGAUCUCCUGCUUUUGCGCGUACGCCAGCAAAACCAAUUGAGCACCGUUCCUAGCGGUCGCGUGGCGGAGGCGGAAACACUGGUUCUGCGAGCCACCGUGGGCCGCGAAGCACAGCUCUACGCGGAGAGUAUAGAGGAGACUAUCCACGCACUUCUGCAACGCCACGAGCACGCUCGCGAGCAGGGGGAGGCGGCCGGCGGAGUACCCGAUCAGCGGGCGUCCGUGGUUGACGACGACAAGGCGCCGUAUCCGCAUCCAUGGGCAGACCGUGUGAUGUCCGCCUCACCGGAGUCGCUACGCCGCCUCGUGCGAGAUGAAUUCGUCUGUGCCGCGCCUUGGACGCAGCUACUCGCUUCCUCCUCUUCCACUGCCUCACCACCGCACAAUCCGUCUUUUGGCUGCUGCGGCAGCAGCAACAGCAGUCUGCACGGUGCGGGUGGCGCCUCUGGCCUUCACGCCUGCGCGUUUCCUCCAACAACAGCUGGACAAGGAAACGGGAGACUCCCCACAGCAGCAGGGAAUACGCGCGUGUCGCCGACAUCCGCCUCUGCCGCUAGCUUCUAUCACGCACCUCGCUCCCCGUCAUCAGCAGCGGCGGCGGCGGCUAGUGCUUCCUCUGACUCUGCCACUUCGAACGCACGCAAUCCUCAGCAGCAGCAGCAUCAUUUGCAUUUCUUUUCUGCUGAUGUCGUGACUGCGCUACACCGGUGGAAGCAGCUGGUAGACGUCCAGCAGCGCGCCUUGCGGUGUGCUGAGGCGCAGGACUACGUAGCGGCGGCCCACCUCUUCGUCGGGGCCGCGGCGGAGCGUGUGCAGUUCGGCUGCUCUCGAGAGGACGCAAACGCCGACACCACCGACACGACGACAGCGGAGAAGUGGAAUGUGCGCUCACCCGCCGCGGAUCUCGCCGUGCACGGCGUGACGCACCUGCUGCGCGCGUGUGGGCUUCUGCUGUCGGACCGACUUAUGGAACAGGAGGUCGUCUACCCCGCACGUUUCUUAAAGGAAAUGGAAGAGAUGUGCACCACCGUGGAGAGCACGACCCCAACCGCCGCUCCGCCACUCCUUUUGCCGCCUCUGCUCGCCACGCCGCACGCUCCACGUGUGUGGGUGCUCCUCGCGCAGUUCGCGACCUACGUAGAACGGUACCGCCUUUUCUUCCCAUGGGACGUUGCCGAAGCCUCGAGCACGCUGACAUCGAUGCCGCCAGUGGCGCACCACGCAGCCGCCUCAACGUCGACACUUCAAAUGCUGUGGGAGGUGUCCACCGCCGUUCUGCUCUUCCAACCGGCAGACGCGAUACGCGUCAUGCAGGCAGCGCUCUCCGGCACCCUUCAAGACCCCAAAGCGGCAUCACCGCCGCCGUGUGUCUCGCUGCAUGAGCUCUUCCACGCUUACACGCGCAGACCAACAACAACGGCGCCGCCACCGCCACCGCUGCUUGCGCAGUCUGGCACGCUGCCUCUUUGUCUCUUCUCCCUGCGUCGUGCGAGCGCGUCGGCGGUGCGGGCUCGCCACUACGCGGAGGCGCUCCGCGAUGCUCAGAUUGCUCUGUACCUGCUGCACACGCCGCCCUCUGCCACCGCAGCCGACGUCGUCACGCACGAGGCCGCCGUGGACUACUGCAAGGUGAGCCACUGGCGUGUUGCCGCACCGUUGAGCUCCGCCGCCCAGGGCGACGAGGCCACGACGACGACCUUCGUGAGCUCGUCAGCGUGUGUGUCGACGCUGGUCAACUAUGACGCGCGGCUGCACUUUCUUCUUCUGCGGGUGCUGCUGCUGUUGGCCGCCACGCCCCUCACCGCCGGGGCGGCGACGGCGCAGAUGCUGAAGGAGGGAGAGCUUUCCAGCAACGCCCACGCACCGGCGAAGGCGCAGAAUGAAGUGCGGAGCCCCACGCGCCGCUCCUCCCCCACGGUGGUGGACGGCUCGCUGGCGAUCCACGCCUUCGAGAGUGCUGACGAUGUUGCGGCGCUCGAGAAGCAGCAGGCAAACGUCUUCCUCAAAGUCGCGCCGGAUGCACCCUUGGGUCGGCGAGUCUCAACGCCCGUCCCACCACAGACGGACAGUGAAGGGGCGCCACGCAAAGACGCUCAUGGGGCCGCUGCGCCACCGCGCUGCACGUCUGCUGCGUCCGCCGACAUCGCCGCAACGCUUCGCAGGACACUCGCUGCUUUGCAGGCCAUGACCGAUGAACUGUGCGCCGUGGAGCAGGAGGGCCUCGUCGUGUGCGAGCGAGCUGGCGCCGCGGCGAACUCGGAGGCUACGGCAUACCUUCCACCCUACGUGCCGAAGGUGGAAUAUCGGCUUUCCACGGUACUGCGCCGCGCUGCCGCUGCUGCUGCAUCUCCGCAGAGUGCGAAUGCAGCCGUCUCACCGUCUCCUCACCCCAGCGCGUCUACGGACCGCACGGAUGGCGGUUCGGAGGCAAACCUGCGUGGCUCGCCUCCGGAGACGUCUGAUGCGGCGACAGGCGUGCGCCGGCAGUGCGGAGCGACAUCCUCUGCCCGUUACCAGCAGCUGAAGCGCAAACACCAGGCGGCGCAGCGACGACCCUCACCCCAGAAGGAAGAGGCUUCGGCCAAUGAGAGUACCCCACGGGCAGAUGGCGGAGGAGCUGAAGCAACGGCGGGAGCAUCCCCGACCGGCGUGGAUGAUGGCGUCACCUCACCUGCCCAACACGCACCUCCACAAAAUGCAGACGGAAUUGAACGUACAGGUCUCGUAGAUGUCGCUGCUACAGCGCAAGGAGAGGCCCGACUUCAUGAUGCAUCAGAAGAGACAGGCGGCGUUGCCGAAGACGCCGCGUCCUCAUCGGUGGUUGCGCCGUCGUCAUCAGCGUUGAUGCGCCAGCUGCAGCAUCUGGUGUGCGAGCUGCUGACCAUCGUGUGUCUCCUCACGCUGCCGCUCCGCGCCAAAUCGACGUGUACGGUGACGCAGGAAACAGCGUUGCCUGCUCCGCAAAACGGCGCUGCAGACGACACCAGCAUCGCCGAGGAGAGCGGCUACGACACGGCGUACACACAAGCGCGGAUGGCACUACGCACGUUUGCAGGUCGGCUAGAGCGCUGCCUUCGUCAACUUGGCGCACGAGACAGGACGCUAUUUACCCUGCUACGUCGCCUUCAAGUGGAACUGCUGUUUCCUGCGGUGUGCGGCCCGCCUCUCUGA